GCGGAGGAGUCGGGGUCAUCACUGUUGGUGGUGUGUACGUGGAAUCACCUGCCUUCCCGUCACACACACUCACACGCGCGUCCGCCGAGUGCCCAGCCACACCGCACGCACACUCACUGCCUCCGUGGGAUUCCACGGUGCCAACCCGUCUCUCCACACCCGACAGCCAGAGACUCAACAACUCUCGCUCUCCCAACCUCCCCGAACCCCUAACACGUGAGCAUUAUGCAGCACGUACGAGGAGCCUGGACACUUCUGGUGCUGGUGGCGCUAGUUCAGCUGGUCGUCUCACAGGAAGAGGUGACUCCAGACCACAGUGAUGAUAAGCGGGUAGGCUGGUCCUCAAUGCACGGCACCUGGGGAAAGAGACCUGAUCUUGAAGAUACUCAACUAGAGGUCGCUGAGGACAAGAGGACCAACUGGAACAAGUUCCAGGGCUCCUGGGGCAAGCGAGGAGAUGACCUGGCCGACGCAGAACUACAAACCGCUGAAGACAAGAGGACAAACUGGAACAAGUUCCAGGGUUCCUGGGGCAAGCGAGGAGACGACUUCACCGACGCUGAUCUUCAGGAUGCUGCUCUAGAUAAGCGAACAAACUGGAAUAAGUUCCAGGGCUCCUGGGGAAAACGUGGUGACUGGAGCAGUCUUCAGGGAACUUGGGGCAAGAGGGCGUGGAAGAACCUGCAAGGGGCAUGGGGCAAGCGCUCUCAGAACGACGCCGCAGAUGAUGACUUUUACAACGACGCCGCCACCCAGGAGGGCGACUUGGUCUCCGAUGAAGCCCAAGAUAUCUCUUCCAUGGCCUUGGCCAGGAUGAUGGCAUCAGCAGUGCCACAGAAACGUGGCUGGACACUCUGGGGCAAGAGACCCGUCAACACCCGCGUCUCUCCACGCUCCACCAACUGGUCCAGCCUCAGAGGUACAUGGGGCAAGAGGAGUGCAGACUGGAAUAAACUGAGGGGCGCCUGGGGCAAACGAGCUGACUGGGACCAGUUCCGAGGAUCCUGGGGCAAGAGGGUUCCUGGCGCUCUGAGUGAAGCGACACCUCAGGCUUAAGCUGGUGUCUCGGUGUGACUUCCAUGGAUCACCACGUCUCUCACGGCUCACCACGGAUAUGUCUCCUUUCCUGUAUGUCUCCCUCCACCUGUGUCACCCUCCCUACACACGUGUCACCUUAUACUGGAGCCUCCUCCUGUGGCUCAACAUUUUUUCAAUACAUGUAUCGACCUGACACCUCCACAUCCAAGCAUACCUCCACCUUGACACCUCCAAUUGUCGCCCUUCAUCGUUCUGCCACCAUUUUUUAUAUUAUCAGUUGUUUCUGGUAACUACCAGACCCUUGUAAUAAGCUUUACCUCACAAACCGAGGAAUUAUAUUUUUCGUUCAAAUGAGACCUAAAUGACAUCUGCUUAAUGACUACUUAAUUAAACUCCCGUUGUAAAAAAAAAAAAAACUAAAGACUGAGAGAAUUUUAUAUUUUCAGCUCGGUACAAAGACUAUCUUCAAGCGGAUGUAAACAGUGACAUAUUUAUCAAGCGACACAACAUACUGGUGAGCUCUCAACAAGCGACCUUACUGCCGAUUCCGUGGCAUGUCUAUUCUGCAUUGCCCUUGCGAGCUAUUGGAAUUCGAAACACCUACAAUGACGAAGGAUUCCAUUAUUGUUUUCGCAACCACAAAGGUCGUCUUACAAUAAGAGUGGAUGUUCGUUUUAUAAUUCUAGUAAGAUUGAGGAUGACGGAAUUUUUUUAAGAAUACUCUGUGGAUCGCUUGUGUUCGACGAUUCUAGUGUUGAGGUUAAAACCUGUUUGACUAGUGUAUAACAUUGGAAACAUUUGUGCUGCAACAGCUGUUCUGACAUUACAAGCGAAAAUCAUCUGCCAAUGCAGAGGUUUCAAAUACCAGCAUCUCACGAGGACAGUGGAAACCUGACGCUAUCACGGCGCUGAUAGUGAGGUCACCUAUUUCUAGUCCGCCUGUAAAACGCAUAACUUGAUAAAUAAUCUCUUCAUUUCACAUACUGUUUGAAGAGUGUUUCAUAUCUGAGAUCAUCGUAUAAGGCUGCAUCUCAUAUCAGUUUUCCUUUCCAAAGAUAAAUACAACUUAAAUACACCAUUGCGCUACUAUACUGCUUUUUUUGAGAUAUUAUACAUAAUCAGAAUCAUGACUGUUACUUUAGAAAAGGAUACUUUUGAUUUAGAUAAAAAUAUAGACAUGCAAACUGUUUGGUUGUGUUGGAUCUUACAGAAACAGAACCAAAUUUCAUGAAAAACAGUAUUUCUGAAAUAAAUGACACUUCACAGUUUGCAAAAAAUAUUUUCCCAAUGCUGUAGUUGAAAAAAAGUGUCAAUAGUGGAUCAAAAUGUAUGUAUGUUUAGCGGUUUACUUGCGGGACACAACCGUACUGUUACAUGUUGAGUUACAGCUCCUGUUCUUGUGAAUCAUUUGAUAACUGUUAAUUACUAUUAAGCACAGAAGAGGGUUUCAGCUGGAGGCGAGAGUGUGCAGUCGAGAAUUAUGUCCUUAUUCAUGCUAAAUCUAUUUUUCAUUGUCCAUAUACAAGCAAAUUCUACAUCCAUAUUAAUAGAACAUAGAUGUAAGAAAGAGUAAUUUAUAAUAUAGAAAACAAGAGGUUCAAUUGAUAUUUUUGGUGUGUAUUUUAACUAUCGUAGAUGAGGGGUUGUUGUAACUGCUGUGCAGAGUAUGUGUGUGUGUGAGUGCAUGUGUGGUAUCCUAACACCACUAUGUGACACAGAAGUAUGUAUGUGUUGCAUUAUGAAUCCACUUUGUAGCACAGUAUGUGUGUGGAGCAUUGUGAACCUAGUUUGGGACUAAUGAGCAAGUUCCUGCUGAGAUUUGGAGAGCGACCUUCAUCAGGGGUAUUGGCCAAGUGUACCCAGGUCGAAGGAAAGGUCAACACUCCAAACUUCUUACUUCAGUGGGGUAAAUAUUAUAUGUAUAUGGAUGGAUGCAGAGAUAUGUUGACUAGUUACUAGUACGUGUGUGUAAGAUAUACGGUCAAUAAA